AUGGCCGCUGCUGAGGAGGAUGCAAUCGAAGCAACAACCAGAUUUGAAGCUGCAGAAAAAGAGAAGAGCAAGAAGAUUUUUGAAGAUGUGAGCAAGAAGCGGGAGCAAAAGGACAAGAACCACGGCAUCAGAGAGCGCUCGUGCAUCUCUACCUUUGAUGCCAGUCGUCACCUGGCAAGCACGGGUGAAGAAUCACUCGGAUACAAUAUGCUGGUGAGAGAAAAACUGCGUUCGUCAUCCAGGGAGCUUGAGGAAUUGGAGGCAAAUUUUAGGGCUUUGAUGGAUGGCGUUGUGACUUUGGAGAUGGACUUGAGAGAAGCUGAGGAGAAGUUGGAGAAGGCGAGACAGAAGUUGGGAAAGAUGGAGGAGAAGCUCAAUAAGGGUUGGGCGAUGCAAGCACAUUGA